AUGGGGUUGAAGACUGAUGAAUUUUCUGAUGAAACUUGUCAAGGAAAUGCUGACAUGGACAGCAUACUGCCAGUGAAACAAGCAACUUACUUAGUAUCAAUUCAAAUCAUGAUUCUUUCUUUGAAAAUGCUGAAAAAAUCUAGCUUGAGGAAUUGUGAGGUUUCUGGUGCAUCUGGAGAUGUCAAGAUGCAUCCAAAUUUGUCAUCCAGUGUUACUGCUGGGGAUGAUCAGCUCUCUUUAAAACCACAACACAAUUCUGAUCAGAGAGCCCUCACAAAUAAGCUCGAGGACCAAAAAGUUAUAGAAUGCCAUGAAGAUCGCAAUUCUUGUGUUAGUGGAAGUAAUGAUACAAACAAAUUGGCCAGUUACAAUAAUGGAAAUGUAGGCAAGAAAAAUAUACCACAUGGUUCUGCUUCAGUUGAGUUAUCUUCCCUCAAGGUGGACUUGAUAGUGCCUCCUUCCUCAAUAGAUAGGAGUGAGGGUAUUAGCUCACCAAAAUUAUGCCCUUCCAGUGGAAAAUAUCAUUCAUGUAACUCAAAUGUGAGGAACUUGGAAGAGGAUUUAGGUUCUCAUCCCCCCAUAGAACUGCCUGAAUUCUCAAAGGAACAUUUGAAUUUAUCAUUGACCAAAGAGGCAACAUCUGAUAUGGUUUGCAAACAGAGGUCUGCUUCAUAUACCUGUGGGGGAACAGACAAUGGUAAUGUUGGUGGAAGCAGUUCUGCGGCCUUAGACAAAGUUUGUCUCAACUUUGAAGCAGAAACAGAAACAGGCAAGGGUAGUUGUGAACUGCCUACUGAAGCUGUGAAUUCUUCAGGGAAAAUUGAAGAAGUUGAGAAGGUCGUGGAGUCAUGUGGAUUACCUGAUGUGCAGGAAACUUCUUUGCAAUCCCAGCCCGUAGAUGAUAGUGAUGGAUCUGAUAUUGUGGAGCAUGAUGUAAAAGUUUGCGAUAUUUGCGGGGAUGCUGGUCGGGAGGAUUUACUUGCCAUAUGUAGUAGAUGCAGUGAUGGUGCAGAGCAUACGUAUUGCAUGCGGGAAAUGAUGGACAAAGUUCCAGAAAGUGAUUGGCUGUGUGAAGAAUGCAAGUCUGAUGAAGAAUUCAAAAACCUGAAGCAAGACAAAAUUGUUACAUCGAAUGAGAAUGACAAAAAUCAAUCUUCUGGACUAGCAAGUGCCCUGAAUACCAAUCUCUUUGUGAAGUUGGAUAAAAAAGAUUCAUAUGUUGAGGGAAAUGAAACAAAUAAAGAUAUUUUGAGUGCAAAAGCCUCCAGUAAAAGACAUGCAGAGAACAUUGAAGUUGCUUCAGCAUUGAAAAGGCAGUCUCUUGAGCCAACUGUGGGUUCACCAAAGAUAUCUAGUCCCAGCAGAACAGCAGCACUUUCUCAUGAUUUGUCAUUCAGGAAACUUGAUAAAGGAAAAGUAAAGCCAGCACAUCAAUUGUCUUCUGGCACUUGCUCCAUUGAUGAUACCUCCGAAGCUGCAUUCUCUCGUAUGGGUCCACGACUGCAGACACCUCGAGGUGCUUUGUCAAAGUCUAAUUCAUUCAAUUCCACAAAUGCAAAGCCAAAAGUUAAACUUGCUGAUGAAGUUGUUCCUCAAAAGCAGAAAUCACCUAGAGAACCUGCUUCCCUUGAUAUGAAAGAUGGCACUGUCAGAUUGAUAGGCAAAUCAAUGUCAUCUAAAUCUUUCAACCUAGGCCGUUUAAAUCCUUUAGAAUCAAAAGUUAAGAUGUUAUCCCCUAAAUUCUCUCAUGGCCAGGAUCUAAAAGGAUUAAAACAAGCAAAAGAGUGGAACUUACCUGAAAGGAAGAACUCAUUCAAAUCAGAACGGUCAAUGGUGAGUUCUGCAAUGGGCAACACUUCUGUCUCUACGUUGAAAGGUGACAAAAAGAUAGCAUCUUAUGGUGAAAGUUACUCACUUCCUUCUGUAAGCAACCACCGUGAACUGAAGGGUGUGCAAUCUGACACUAAAUUAUCGAAACCAACCAGUCAUGUAGCUCAUAAAGGUUCAGAAAUUUCAGUUCCUUUAGGUGAAAUUAAGAGGCAAUCUUGCACGUCCAGUGUAGUUGGAGAUUCGACCAAUGGAAUCAAUGGUUUUUCAGAACAAAAGCCAAUUCAGACUAGCCUUCCAUAUGAUCGCUCGUCAAGUACUUUUACAGCUGAGAGACCAUUUCGUAAUGCUAGUGAAGAUCUUCCAAAUGUGUUAUCUCGUCCCAGAGAAUCAACAAAUCUUGGUGAGAGAAUCAAGGAGAGUUCUGUUAAUCACUCAAGGCCAAAUAUUGCAACUGGUGGAAGAAGUUUGCCCUGUCCAAAAUGUAACGAAAUUGGGCAUUCUGUACAGUCCUGCUCUAUUGACAAUCCCCGGUCACUUCUUGGUGAUGCAAGAAGUUCAAGAGAGGUGAUGAACAAAGGUAAUAAAUUGAAAGCUGCAAUUGAAGCUGCUAUGCUUAAAAAGCCUGGAAUAUACAGAAAGACUAAGAUGCCUUACCAAUCUGAUGAGUUGUCCUUGUCAAGCACAAACUUAACAAGUGAAAUACGUCCUCAAGAUCAAUUACAAACUUCUGUUAACGCAAGGAACAUUAGUGAGGUACAUGAAGCUCAAGCAGUACAGCCAAACUCUACUACUGAACCUUGUAAACAGAAAACUAUUAACACACCUUGCAUAAGAGAUUCGCACUGUAAUGGUUUGGCAUCAGUUUCAGCUCUUUUGAAGAUGUCUACCAUACCAGAGCAUGAAUUUAUUUGGCAAGGGGGCUUUGAGGUUCAGAAAAGUGGGAAACUCUCAGAGUUUUGUGAUGGGAUGCAAGCACAUUUAUCAACUUGUGCAUCACCUAAAGUUCUUGAAGUGGUGAACAAGUUCUCUUCAAAAAUUCUUUUGAAUGAAGUAUCUCGUUUGAGUUCGUGGCCUACACAGUUUCAGGAAAUUGGUGUUAAAGAAGAUAACGUCGCUCUCUAUUUUUUUGCUAAGGAUCUCGAGAGCUAUGAGAAAAGCUACAAGAGUUUACUAGAGACCAUGAUGAAAAGUGAUCUUGCUCUCAAAGGACACUUUGAUAGUGUUGAACUCUUGAUAUUCCCAUCCAACCAUCUUCCUGAGAAAUCCCAGCGUUGGAAUAUGUUGUAUUUCCUUUGGGGUGUGUUCAGAGGAAAGAAGGUGAAUUGCUUGCAAGAUGUAUCUGGUUUUCCAAAGAAGUAUUGUAUUCCCAGAGAUCUACCCGCCCCUAUCAUGUCUCUGCCUGAGAGCAUAUUUUCACUUGGGCCUAUAACUAUGGAUUUACCUUUGCGCUUGAAGGCUUCCAGUGUUGGUCUAGAAUCUGAAUGUCCUGCCUCGAUGGAAUCACCCUGUUUAUCAUCUGAAACCAUAAAAGGGGAUUGUGAUACCAUUGCAUCAAAGGGUCAGUGUACACAAGCAAAUGCAGGGGAGCAAGACUGUGAACUUGAUACGACUUCCUUGCCUAGCAUACAAAGAACCAGUGCACUGUCAUUCCAAGAAACGAGAUGCACCAGUACUCCCCUGGAAGAAAAUGUUUAUCCUGAAAGCAAACUGGAGGUAAAACUUCAACCGUCUGUUCAAGCUGCUGGACCCAUCAGUGGUUCCAAGAAAGGUGAAAAUAUGCCAAUGUAUAAUGUCCCAAACAGUCACCAGAUUUUAUCUCGUUCUUCAGAGAUAUCGGGUAGAGUGAACAGUUGUAAAAACCAGGUCAUAUUUGAGAGGACUUUGAAGGAAGAAUUGGGGUCUUUGGACACAAAUGCUGUACUGCAGAGAGAUACAAUGAUGAGAGAUCAAACCGUAAAGGAGGUCAACAAUUGGCAUUUUAAUCAUGGGAAAUGUCUGGAUGAAGAUUCUAAAUGGACAGUCUCACAAGCUUCUGCUGGUGUAAGUUCAGCAUUGACUUGGAAAGAUGUAGAUAAUGUGUUACUUGAUGCAGAAUGUGCAAGUAAGAAACAGAGAACUGGCUACAGUGGAUUGUAUGUGUGCAAUAGUUCUGGGAAUAAAAGUUCUUCGAGAGAGAGUUUCAUGUCGGGAAUACAUGAUGCUGGUACCAGUUCUCCAAUUAAGAAGGGGAGAGUGGAAGAAGCUCGUGUCAAAAGAGAAGUCUCCAAGGACAAUGGAACUGCUGAAAGGUACUUCUUUCCUGUAGAUCCUAAUCCUGUGAAAGACUUGAGCUCAGGUGAUAACCCUGGCCUCUGGAAAGUGUUGUCAUCAGAAAAUGAAGAUCGGCAUCUUGAUGGAGUGCCAAAUCUCGAGCUUGCUUUGGGGGCAGAAAUGAAACCAUCAAAACAGGGGAUCCUGCCUUUUUUAGUGGGGAAAGUGGACCUGAAUGACGGCCCCGAGGACCAGCUACGAGAGAAGGCAGCAACCAAGGAAGAGGAAGAGGAAGAGGAAGAGGAAGAGGAGGAGGAUGUUUCUGCGUGUCUUUCACUUUCUCUUUCAUUUCCAUUCCCAGAGAAGGAAGUAACUGUAAAACCUGUGUCGAAAGUGGAGCAGCUGGUGCCUGAUAGGAGGCAACAUUUUAAGACUACUUCUAUGCUCUUCUUUGAUGGCUUGUCGGAUAAGUAGUAGCCUCGGGUAUUUCAUAAGGUGAUUCCACCCUGUAUAUUAUGUUUACCAGGAUCAGGAUCUUCAUGAUACAAGUACCAUCUUUCCAUGGGUUUUACGGGAGGAGGUACCAACCUCCAUGUGUUCAUAUGCCAUACAUACAACAACAGGAUUCAUAAAAUUUUCAGUCUUCUCUCUUCAUCUUCCCUUUUGGUUUUUCAUUGUACUAGUUUACGGCUGUUUGUAUAUAUAGAGAAUCAAAGCCAGGAACAAUUUCCAAUGCCAUGGGGGAUUUGCAGACUGGUUGUUAUGAUUCCCUUCUCUCUCUCUCUCUAUCUCUCUCUCUGUUUUUAUAAUUUAAUAAGUUAUUUUUCUUUUUUCUUUUUUCUUUUUAAUAAAUAGAAAACCCUCUGUUAUACGCUUGGUCUCUAUUUCUGAAAUUACUAUGCUUUAUGUGGAGGCCACUAAAGAUGGAUUGGAUUGGUGAUUUUUUUCCCCCUCUGAGGUGCCAUAUGAUUGGAUACAGCA